AUGCCUGCGUCACAAAUUGGAUUUGGCAACUUCUUCUUUGAAAGAAACAUCAACAUGCUCCCUGGAUAUCAGAUACCGGUUUUGGGAUGUCAACCCGGGGUACAACAGCAACAAGCCCCUCAUCUUGCUGCGAUGGCUGGGGUCCCUUUGGCAUAUUCAGGACUACAGGGAUACAACUUUAUCCCCUAUCCACACUACAGACACAUCGCGCACAUGAACAACUCCUUCGACCUGAAGACUGUCUCUCCGUAUUAUGAAGCGCUUCUCGGCCGAGGAGGGCCGUUCUACCCGCAAUACCGACCAGGCGCAACCGAUGACCCAAGCAGAGUCGCCAAGGUGGCUACCCGGGAAAGCACCAGCGCGCUCAAGGCCUGGUUGAACGAGCAUCUCAAGAACCCAUAUCCUACAAAGGGCGAGAAGAUCAUGCUUGCCAUCGUAACCAAGAUGAGCCUCACGCAGGUGUCAACUUGGUUUGCCAACGCCAGGCGACGGCUGAAGAAGGAGAAUAGGGUGAGCUGGGCGUUCAAGGGGAAAUCUGACGAGGAGGAGGGCGAAAGCGACGAGGAGAAGAGUGAUGUCUCUCUGCAGAAAAGCGCUUUGCUUGAUGAAGAAGAAAUAGAUCCUCAAACCGUCGAUGACAAGGUGGAGGAUAUUGGACAUAGAGUGGACAACUCAACGCCAGAGUUGGUGGAUGCACGCCUGGAGAAACAAUCAAGCGAUGACCAUAGAGACGGCACGCGUGUUCAUGGGGGAAAUUAUGUCGAAAAGAGUGACACCGAACGCACAUCAUCCCCAUCUCGUCUAGGAUGUAAGGACAACGUUGAGUGUCAAAAGCCCAAAAUAUGGUCUUUGGCAGAAACCGCGACCUCGGAAACGGUGAAAAAGCCCCACCAGGACAAUGUGCGUCAUCCCAGGAGCACAGAAAUGGGCAAAUUCUGGUCAGAAUGGGCAUCAAGGAAUGGACUGUAUAUUCCCAGAUAUACUGCUCACGAUAUUCUUUAA